GGGCGGAAGCGGAAGCGCAGCGGACAAACUACGCAGCAGCAGAUUGAAGUGAAACGCAGAGGAAGCUCGAUUCAGAUAAAUAAUACAUAUUCUAAUCGAUCAGACAGGACAGAGACAUGAACCGCGCAGGUGCAGAACUCAGGAUUAACUUCAGUCCGGGCCGCGUGCAGCUGGUUCAGGAGGAAGUCCUGAGCCCUGCUCUCAGGGUCCUGGUUACUGGGGCGACAGGUCUCCUGGGUCGAGCUGUGUGCAGAGAGUUUGAGAACAGUGGCUGGUUGGUCAUUGGGACCGGAUACAGGAGGGCUAGGCCCCGCCUCCUCCGCUGUGACCUGACAGAUGAGGAUGCCGUUAGAGGACUGGUACAGGAAUAUAAGCCUGAUGUGAUCGUUCAUUGUGCAGCAGAGCGUCGUCCUGAUGUGGUCGAGCGUCACACUGAAGCAGCUAUCAAUCUAAACGUGCAUGCCACGGGCACACUUGCCAAGGAGGCUGCUGCUUCUGGAGCCUUCUUCCUCUACAUCAGCACUGACUAUGUGUUUGAUGGUAGAAACCCUCCAUACGGUGAAGACGACAGUCCAAAUCCUCUGAACGUGUAUGGACGAAGUAAACUUGAAGGAGAGAGAGAGACACUCAGACACUGUCCAGGUGCGGUGGUGCUGCGUGUGCCGGUCUUGUUCGGGGAGGUGGAAUCAGUGACAGAGAGUGCAGUGACCGUACUGUGGCUGAAGGUCCAGGAGGGGGUGACAGAGAGCUGUACUCUGGAUCACUGCCAGCAGAGGUUCCCCACCGACGCCAGAGAUGUCGCAGUUGUGUGCAGAAAGCUGUGUGAGAGAGGGAGACAGGACUCAUCUAUCAGAGGCGUGUUUCAUUUCUCAGCUAAAGAACAGAUGACUAAAUAUGAGAUGGCUGUUGCAAUCGCUCAGGCCUUCAACCUGCCAUCCAACCAUCUCAUACCUCUCACUGAGCAGCCAGCAGGUUCAGCUGUUCGUCCAGUCAACAGUCAGUUGAACUGCUCUCGCUUGGAGCUUUUGAACCUGAGCAUCGAUCCACGACCUUUCACCUCUGCAAUCACAGACUGCCUGUGGCCAUUCACACCUGACAAACGUUGGAGACAGACAGUGUUUCACUGAAACGUAUCAUAAAACACAAGGCUUUGCUUCUCCACACUAUAGUCUAAUACAGCAUAAUGUAUUAAUCAGAUGUUGUGAAUGGUUCCCAGUAAAUCCACACAUAAAAUGAAUCUGUAACAAUUAUUCAGUGUUCUAUGGUGAUCACAUGAAGUCCUCUAGAAGCUGAACCUGAUGUGAAACACGUGGUGAGACACAGGUUAUUUAAUUUUAGUAAUUAUUCACCCAGAAGGAAUCUAAACUGUAGUAGAGUUUCACAUGUUCUCCAUAUGAGCUAAACAGGAUCAUGUGUUUUUACAUGAGAAGUGCAUAGAUUUGGAAACUGUUCAUUGUAUAAUGUGUGAAGCCUGUGUAAUUUCUAAUGUACCCUAUGUACUAUGUAGCAAACACUUAACCAUGUACUGUAGGUUUCACACAUUACAGCUUUGAAAUGUUCCAAAACUAUAAGAUUCUUGUGUAUCAUAUGUGACUACUGCUUUUUGGCACAAGUGAUAUUCCUGCAGUUUUGUUGUAAUGAAGGCCUGUGAGGUCAUGUGAUUGUGAUAUCGCACAUGUUUGAUGUUGAAUGUUCUGAUGAAUGAAUUCCUCGUUUUCACACUGGAGCUGAAUGUGGUGUCGCAGCCCAUUAUCUGCUUUAUGAUUCCAUCACAUUCCUUAAUUAUGCACCACUAAUUAUUUGUUGACCAAAAUUAUUUUGUGUUCACAGAAAUACAUGUUAAUUAGCAAACAUCUUCAAAUUUCAUGGGUUGUAACUGAAGCAUUUAUGCUUAAAGUACAGCAGCAGGAUUAAGUACAAUAUUACGACACCAUUAUUACAGCAUCAUGUUAUUGUCAUAUUAUAGUAUGUUCAGUUCAUGUAUGUGGAGGAUGUGUCUCCAGUUUGUAAUAAUGUGAACAAACCUCAAACUUAUGAUCCUGCUGUAUGUGAUGUCAGUUGAUGUAAAUUAUGUUACGUUAGCUGUUGACAUUAAAUUUCUGAAAUAUGAAGACUGA